AUGUUGCCUCGAACACCACUCUAUCGUUGGCUCGCGGUGGCUGCAGUGAUGGUCGUGGUCUAUGUCUACCACCCCAACCUGACAGGAGCCUCUUUAUCCGCCUAUACACACUCAUCCACCAUCUAUGGUGGCGACCUCGAUCCUGCGACGUGGGUGAAGAAGGUCCUGAAGGAUCAUGGAAUUGGGCCCGAGAUAAGCUACGCUGCGCGAACAAUUCAGUAUAUUCCCGAUGCAAAGGAAAGACUAAAGCUCACUCAAGUCGAACACAAUCUUCUACCCGACGACUUUGUGGAUCUGAAAGCCAACGCCAACACCCCUCUGCCAGUAGGCAAGACCAUUAGUGUGCAUGUCAAACAUCUUUCCCGUCGCGAUGAUGUCGAUGCCUCGGGUCUGAUCUUUGGAGCCUCGACCACUUUUGAUCGGUUCAAUUCGAAAGAUGUUUCGCCCAUAAAUGAAUUCAAGCGAUGGCUGACCGAUGGGAAGGGUGGAUCGAAUGGUGCUGGUUUGAUUUUGGCCCUGUUCAAUGGUACGGAUGCAGAAAUGCAAGAAGCUUCGCAGGUGUUGGCAAACGCUGGAAUAAAUGCGACAGUCGUUCCCUCCAAUCUUGAACUCGACAUGCCCGGGAGAUAUGUUGAUCUUGUGAAUAUGCUCUACAACCACCCCACCUCAGCUCAACGUAAAUAUUUCGCCCUCAUUGAUGACGAUACCUUUUUCCCAUACAUGUCAGAGCUCACACGAACUCUAUUUACCUACGACUACCGCAAGCCCUACUACAUUGGCACAUUCACAGAGCGAGUAGAUUGGUUCCUGGAUAACCAUGUUCCAAUGGCUUAUGGAGGAGGAGGGGUCUUUCUUACAGCUCCACUUGCAAAACAAGUUUCCGAGGCCAACUGCCUAGAAAGAAGAGAAGAUGGAAGAUACGCACUCGAUGCCAACCAAGGAGAUCGUCUUCUCUACAAUUGUAUACAUGAGAGAACCUCGGUAACAAUCACCUAUCAACCUCGUCUCAACCAAAUGGACCAAUUUGGGGACCCAUCUGGAUUUUACGAAAGCGGUGAACAGCCAUUGAGUGUCCACCAUUUCAAAUCCUGGCACCGUGCUGACGUUGCAAAAUACCAUGUCGUAGCCGAUGCAUGUGGCGAGGAUUGUGUUCUUCAACGUUUCCAAUUCAAAGACAACUUCAUUGUAUCAAAUGGCUACAGUAUUGCGCAGUACCCGGAGGGAAUUGACUUUGAUCCCGACCAGACCGAGGGAACUUUUGAUAUCCCUGUUGAUGCGGAUCACGUAGGCGUAACUUUGGGCUAUAAAUUUGGCGAGCUCCGCCGCAGUUUCUCAAAGACGGGAAAGAAACUACAAUGGGGCCUCCUGGAUGCGAGGUUAGAGAGGGAUGGGAAGGUCAAGCAGAUUUACAAGAAGAGUCGGAGUGACGAGCGGUGGGUGAAGAGCAAGGAAGAUUUUCCCGAGCGAGACAGUAUUAUUGUUCUCACUUGGGUUCCUUGA